AUGAAGGCUCGUAUGUUUAAUAUCAACUGGGGUGAGCACCGAUGGGCGAUCUUCUUCUGUGCCGUCUCCAGCCUCGGUGCUCUCUGUUAUGGAUAUGAUCAGAUAUAUUACACCGGGGUGCUGGGCAUGGAAAGAUUCGUGCAGGACUAUGGCACCACGCACGACGAAGACGGCAAUGUGGCAUUGACGACCACCUUCAUCUCGUUGACGGCCAGCAUCAUCUAUGUCGGAGAACUCCUUGGGGCACUGGCUUCGGCUCCCAUCAAUGACUACUUUGGGAGGAAGGGUGUUUUUCUCUGCGCGUCGACCUGCAUCAUUGCCGGGGCCAUUGCUCAAGUGGCCGAUCAAGGCAGCAUGGGGGUGAUUAUUCUUGGUCGAAUCCUCAUUGGAUUGGGAAUUGGUCAAUUCACGGUGACAUGUCUGCUGUACAUUGGCGAGGUGGCUCCUCAACCCAUCCGCGGUCCAGCAUUGAUGAUGUUUCAAUUUAUGCAGUCGUGUUCGCAGCUUGUGGGCUCGGGGAUCACUCAGGGGACCGAGUCCAUUACUUCGACGGCCUCGUAUCGAAUUCCUAUGGGCCUGCUUGCCUUGCUGCCUUUGCUGAUGCUCAUGGGACUGCUUUUCAUUCCCGAAUCCCCCGUCUGGUACAUUCGCAAAGGCCGACGGGACCGUGCCAGAAAGGCGUUGAUGAAAAUCAAUCAUAGCAUGCCCAACUACACCCCCGAGGCCGACCUGACCGCCUUAGCACACAUGGUCGAAACCGAACGGAUCCGAGAAGCGAAAUCGUCCUGGAUCUCCCUGGUGAAAGACCCGAUCGAACGACGCAAGUUGAUUUACUCCUGUGGGGCCAUGGUGGCGCAGCAAAUCAAUGGCAUUCAAUUUUUCUAUUCGUACGGAGUCGUCUUUGCCCAAUCCAUCGGCAUUGAAGAAGCAUUCACCAUCUCCUUAAUCACCAACACCCUCCAGGUCGUCGCGGUCGGUGUGUCGGUCAUCUUGGGCAACAAAGUGCGCCGCCGAAUGAAUCUUCUGGUGACGACUCUCAUGAUGCUGGCCGCAUACAUCAUCAUCGGCGGCCUCGGUGCCGGGCCCUAUACGAAAACCAGCUUCAGCACCACGAUUGUUGUCAUCUCCUAUAUCGUGAUCGUGGCGUUUAAUUUCGGUCACGGACCUCUCGCAUUCACGAUCGCGUCCGAGAUGGCGGUGGGACGCAACCGGAACAAGAUCAUGAGUUCGUCGAUUGUUUCAUUCUUCUUUACCGUCUGGGUCAUUGCAUUUACGAGCCCGUACAUUUACUACGACGGCGGUUUGGGACCCAUGCUGGGUUUCGUCUACGCGGGCACUACAUGCAUCACACUCGCGUACGUGUGGCUCUGUGUUGGCGAAACCACUGGACGCAGCCACUUGGAAAUCGAACUGUUCUUCCAAGAACAGAUCUCGGUGCGGAAGUGGCGACAGCACCGGUUCGAGCACCAUGACGCCACCGUGGAGGAGACUGGGGCGCGAGAUGCUGGAGACGGUGAAAUGGGUCGCGCUGGCGGACCAACUCUAACUGAACCGACUGGAUCGGAGGGAGAGAAAGUGGAAGAGAAGGUGAAGGAGAAAGAGCUCACCACCACGAGCCAGAGCAGUGGGAGUGGGAGUGCAAAUGUUGCCUAUGAAGAGAAAGAGGGCGUUUAG